AUGUCACAGCUUGAGCAGUUGCCUGCCGAAAUCCUCCUAGCGAUCUCUGACCACCUGGAUCCUCUAUCAGUGGCCAGUCUCAGCCAAACCUCCCGGAGAAUCAACGGUACGUUGCAACGUCCCCUGGCCAGAGCAGCCAAGCAGUAUGCCCUCCCGGAUGAAGCUGAGUACAAACAGCGAAUCAUAUUUGACGAGGAUGGUGGUAGGAUUCGUUUUCAUGAAUGGCCGUACCACUUGCCUCCCCAACGCCUCGUUCAAGCCAUCCGGGGUCAUCAGGUCAACAAGGUAAGAAACUACCUAGAAGCAGGUGUCGACCCGAACGCAUAUGACUUGGCCGGACAACGCAUGCUUUCACUGGCAGUCCGCGCCGACUGCGAGCCAAUCGUGGACCUUCUGCUCGAGCACGGUGCUAACCCUGCUUUGCACGACGUGUGCUCGCCAUAUAGCUCGCCUGUCGUUGACGCAACAAUUCUCAGCGAGGAGAUGGUCAAAAAGCUGAUCAGUGCAGGAGCCGAUUAUCAAGCAAAGGUCAUAGCCACCCUCGCUGGUCGUUGCAGUCUGGACGUCAUCAAACUCGCCAUUGACAAAGGUGCAGACUUUAGACAAAUCAGUUUUGAUGACCGGACUAUGAUCUACCAGACUCCAAACUUUAGACUCAGUUCUGAUGGCAGCACUGUGAUCCACCAGGCUGCAAAAAACAUUAACCACCCAGAUGUCCUUAUCUUCCUUAUUGAAAAGUACCCUGAGCUGCUUUCCUCCCAGACGACAAGUGGUGAGACAGCUCUCUGGUCAGCCCUCUAUGAGGGCAGUGCCGAACUCGCCAAAACUCUCAUCACAGCUGGUAUUGACAUCAACGUUAGGGACCACGCCGGCAAAACCGCCCUCCACGCCGCCCUCGAAUUCAGUGAGCAGGCGAUCUACCAAAGCAUGGAGUAUGUUGGUCGAGAAAUUGCGGAGAGAAGCCUAUCGAUCGCCACGGCGCUGCUCGAGCAAGGAAUCCAGGUUGGUAUCGCCGGUCAAUGGGGCUGCACGGAGCUCCACUAUGCGGUGCGCGAGAACAGGCACUAUUGGUUGGAGAAGAGCGUGCCGAGUGUCGUCCGUCUGCUGCUUUCCAGGAUUACAGUAGACGUCAACGCGGCAGAUGCUGGUGGCUGGACUCCUCUGCAUUCCGCGGCUAAAGUCGGCUGGCUGAAGGUCGUGAGGAUUCUCGUCGAAAAGGGCAAUGCAGAUGUCAACGCGAGGGAUAUUUAUGGUAAGACGCCUGCGGAUGUGGCAGGGAAAUUCGCUGGAGUUGUCAAAUAUCUCUCGCGGAGGGCGGCUAACUGA